AUGCGCGGGGGGGAGGGGAGGGGGUGGGGCUGCUUUUUGGCCCUGGCCCCUGUGUCAGCAUAUCUAACGGAUCGACGAGGAGGCGCCUAUCUACGGACAUGGGGCUCGCGGAGGGCGAUUGGGCGAGAGGCACGACGGCAUCGUGAAGGGAUUGACCUACGACGCGACAUCCAGGCUGGAAGGCGGGAGGCGGAGGCGGGUCGCGGAGCGAGUCCAGGCUGGAGGUUGGAAGAAGGGGAAGCGUCGCGUCGCGAGUCCAGGCUGGAGGUUAGCAGAAGGAGAAGGGUCGCGUCGAGAGAGGCGUGCCAGGGGCUCGAACGGGGCACCGGGAACAAUAACGUUCCGAAGCGCGCCGCGAGGAAAAGUCAGUCUCACGAGUGGGACCGGUCACAAGAGAGAGAUAUGAAAGCCAGCGGGUGA